UUCGGCUUCUUUCGUGACGCAAACGCCGGCGCGUGCGCAGACGCCAGCUUGACCCGGAGGAGAAGCGCAUCGGCCAUUUUGGGCAGAAGGGGGCUUUCUCUCACCACGUGAAAAAGAAUAGCCCAAAAGGGUGUUUUUUUAAGAAAUAGCGACAAGACAAGGGGCUCGAACAAAGGAAUAGAGAUACACACCGGUCUUAUUCACAUGUGCUGAGAGGAAGGGAACGCUGGUAAUAGGAACAAAAUGCCAACUCUGCCGCCUAAGGAGAACGCUCUCUUUAAGAGGAUCCUGAGAUGCUACGAACACAAGCAGUACAGAAAUGGCCUGAAGUUCUGCAAACAGAUUCUCUCUAACCCCAAGUUCGCUGAACAUGGAGAAACAUUAGCGAUGAAGGGACUGACGCUCAACUGCUUGGGAAAGAAGGACGAAGCGUACGAUCUGGUCCGGCGGGGUCUGCGCAACGACCUCAAGAGUCAUGUCUGCUGGCACGUGUACGGCUUGCUUCAGAGGUCAGACAAGAAGUACGACGAGGCCAUCAAAUGCUACAGAAAUGCACUGAAGUGGGACAAGGACAAUCUCCAGAUCCUGAGGGACCUCUCGCUGCUGCAGAUCCAGAUGCGGGACCUGGAGGGCUACAGGGAAACCAGGUACCAGCUGCUUCAGCUCAGGCCUGCUCAGCGGGCCUCAUGGAUUGGCUAUGCAAUAGCAUAUCACCUGCUGGAGGACUACGAGAUGGCCGCGAAGAUCAUAGAGGAAUUCCGCAAGACGCAACAGACAUCUCCAGAUAAGGUCGACUACGAGUACAGUGAGCUUCUGCUGUACCAGAACCAGGUCCUCAGAGAAGCAGGACUUCACAAAGAAGCGCUGGAGCACCUCGCCACCUACGAGAAGCAGAUUUGUGACAAGUUGGCCGUCGACGAGAUGAAAGGGGAACUGCUGAUCCAACUGGACCGUCUGGACGAGGCUACCGAGGUGUACCGACAGCUGCUGGAGAGGAACCCUGAGAACUGGUCCUACUAUCACGGCUUGGAGAAGGCACUAAAACCGGCCAGUGUCGAGGAGAAACAAAAAAUCUACGAAGACACGUGGGAUAAAUACCCCAAAGCAUUAGUGCCAAGAAGACUUCCGCUCAACUUUUUAGCAGGUGAAAAGUUUAGGGAAUGUUUGGACCGAUAUCUAAGAUUGAACUUCAGUAAGGGUUGUCCUCCAGUUUUCACCACACUGAAGUCCCUUUACAAAGACAAGGAUAAGGUGUCAAUAAUCGAAGAACUAGUUGUCGGUUAUGAAACAUCUUUAAAUAGUUGCCGUAUGUUCAGUCAGGAUGACGACGGGAAGGAGGAGCCGCCCACCACGCUGCUUUGGGUGCAGUACUUCCUGGCUCAGCACUACGACCAGAUUGGCCAGCAGAGUUCGGCCCUGGAGUAUAUCAACACCGCCAUCGAUAGCACGCCCACGCUCAUUGAGCUCUUCCUUAUCAAAGCCAAAAUCUACAAGCACGCCGGCAACAUCCGUGAGGCCGUGCGGUGGAUGGACGAAGCCCAGGCCCUGGACACGGCCGACCGCUUCAUCAACUCCAAGUGCGCCAAGUACAUGCUGAAGGCGGGCAUGGUGAAGGAGGCCGAGGAGAUGUGCUCCAAGUUCACGCGGGAGGGCGCAUCUGCCGUGGAGAACCUGAAUGAGAUGCAGUGCAUGUGGUUCCAGACUGAGUGUGCACUGGCCUACAAGUCCAUGAACAAGUACGGCGAGGCGCUCAAGAAGUGCCACGAGAUCGAGAGGCACUUCGUGGAGAUCACUGAUGACCAGUUUGACUUCCACACGUACUGCAUGAGGAAGAUGACCCUACGCUCCUACGUGGACCUGCUGAAGCUGGAGGACGUGCUACGCAUGCACCCAUUCUACUACAAGGCCUCGCGGACGGCCAUUGAGAUUUACAUCGCCCUGCACGACCACCCGCUGACCGACGAGAACAAGGAGCUGGCAGCCGAUACAGCGAACCUUUCAGACAAGGAGCUCAAGAAGAUGCGGAACAAGCAGAGGCGAGCGCAGAAGAAGGCGCAGCUGGAGGAGGAGAAGAAGAACGCAGAGAAGGAGAAACAGCUGAAGAACCAGAAGAAGAAGAAGGAGGACGACGACGAGGAGAUCGGCGGCCCCAAGGAGGAGCUCAUCCCUGAGAAACUGGCUAGGGUAGACAAUCCACUGGAGGAAGCAGUGAAGUUCUUGACUCCGCUGAAAACUCUGGUGAAGAAUAAAAUAGAGACCCAUCUCCUGGCAUUUGAGAUCUACUUUAGAAAAGAGAAGUUCCUGUUGAUGUUGCAGUCUGUGAAAAGAGCUUUCUCCAUCGAUAAAGACCAUCCGUGGCUCCACCAGUGUGUCGUCCGCUUCUUCAAAGCAGUUUCUGAGAGCAAAGGCCUGGCAGAGCCGGUGACCACCGUGCUGAAGCGGGAGAUCUCCCAACUGUUCGGCGAGAGCAACCCCAAGCGUUUCAACGAGGCGUUCCUCAGCAAGCACUCCAGCUCCAUCUCACACAGGCUGGCAGCUGCCAAAAUGAUGUUCUACCUGGACUCGUCGACGGAGAAGAAGGCCAUCGAGUUGGCCCUCGCGCUGGACGAGCCGCUCAGCAACCGGACAAUUCAGAUCUGCACAGACGUGCUGGCGAGCCUCAGAGAUGGCAGCCUGGGCGAUGGCAAGCAAGUGGCCGAGGCCUACAGGACGGACUGUCACAAGAUCUUCCCUUACGCACUGGCUUUCAUGCCGCCCGGCUACGAGGAGAACAUGAAGAUCGCCGUCAAUGGCGACGCGUGCGGCGAGCCUGAGGAGCUGGCCAAUGAUAUGUGAGGGGGGGUAGG